AUUAGAGUGUUUAGUGGCAUUUGGUGUAAAAAAAUAAAUAAAUAAAUAAAAAAAAAAACCAUGACGGUUGAUAUUUUCUAAUCUGAUGGUUUACAUUGUAUGCGUGUUAGUUUGAUUAAUCUUCCAAUCUUCCUUAUGUUUCCUUCAAAAUAUAAUCUUCUUCUCGUGAAUACAAUAUUUUGCCCUUUCGGAGCUUAUCAAUUUUACGCAAACCCCCUGUUUUUCCCAUCUCCUCCAUCGAAACGUACUCUGAGCUUUCUCUCCUCCGUUAAAGCAGAUUCUGAGUGUAUGGCGAUGUCUGGAAAAAGUGUUUCAUAUGCGUCACUGAAUAAUGUGGGAAGGGAAGAGAAAAAAGUUCACUAUGAUGAUGAUGACUAUGUUGAUUCUGCGUGGCCUAUGUCAGAAAAUGACACCUGUCCUUCAGGAUCACAGUUUGUAAAGGGUGCUUUAUAUCCAUACAUUGGUGACUCUGAAGAUUAUAGUGAUGGGGGCUACGAUUCAAGUGAGGAGCCUCCAAAUUUCUCACAAUUUAAUAGAAACCCAGAUGUGAACUUGAAAAAUGUUUUGGCUGGGAUAUUUGCUAUUGUAACUGGAAGGAACAAGGGUGGUGACAUCCAACAGCUUCCCACUUCUAAUGUUUCUUUCCUGGGAUCUGGAAAGAAUGGUGAUACAGUCUUGAACUCAUCAGUUUAUAUUCCCAGUGCUCCACCACUUCUUGAGGCUAAUGGGUUCAACUAUAGUGCCUAUAAAGAUGUUUUAGAAGCUGAACCUCCAGAGUGGCUGCCAGAUAGCUGUACUACAGUUUGCAUGCAGUGUACUGCUCCAUUUACUGCACUUACUCGUGGCCGACAUCACUGCCGUUUUUGUGGGGGUAUAUUUUGUCGGGUAUGCUCAACAGGGAGGUGCUUGCUUCCUGUUAAAUUUAGGGAACGGAACCCACAGAGAGUUUGUGAUGCCUGCUAUGACAGGCUAGAUCCUUUGCAAGGGGUACUAGUGAACACCAUCAGCAAUGCUGUACAGGUCGCAAAGCACGAUGUGUCGGAUUGGACGUGUGCUAGAGGUUGGUUGAAUCUUCCUGUUGGUCUAUCUAUGGAGCAUGAGAUUUACAAAGCAUCUGUCACACUGAGGAGUUACAGUCAGGUUUCAAGAUUGAAUCCUGAGAGAUCUAUACCUUCAGCAAUUCUUAAAGGAGCUAAAGGCCUGGCAAUUUUAACUGUUGCCAAAAUGGGUGCUGUAGUUGCUUAUAAGAUGGGCACUGGUCUAGUAGUUGCUCGAAGAAUGGAUGGAACAUGGUCUGCUCCGUCUGCAAUUGCUUCAGUUGGCCUGGGAUGGGGUGUUCAGAUUGGAGGUGAGCUAACAGAUUUUAUAAUUGUGCUUCAUGAUUACAAAGCUGUGAAGACAUUCUGUAGUCGCAUGCACUUUUCUCUCGGGGCUGGCUGUAGUGCUGCAGCCGGUCCAGUUGGAAGAGUGCUUGAAGCAGAUCUUCGAGCUGGGGAUAGAGGAUCUGGCAUGUGCUACUCUUAUAGUUGUAGCAAAGGGGCGUUUGUGGGAGUAUCCCUGGAAGGGAAUAUUGUCUCAACAAGGAUAGACGCAAAUCUACGCUUUUAUGGUGACCCUUAUCUUACAGCAGCUGAUAUCUUGAUUGGGACGGUGGAUAAACCGAAGGCUGCAGAGCCUUUGUAUGCUGCUCUUGAAGACCUUUACACGAAAAUCCAACUCUAGAACUUGUUGGAAGUAAAUUACCCUAGUCCCACAUGCAUUUUCCAUGUACAUAGUUUGUUCAUAGUUUUUAUAGAUUAUCACAUCUUAAUUUCAUGUGAUAAGACUCUCAAACGGUAUAUAAGCGAUCAUUUUAUUUGUUUGAAUAUGUAAAUGACCUUAGAUGUUUAUUUCCUUGGUGACGCUAUGUAAAUAUCCUUCUAAAAUACGCUGAAAGGACUUGUACAAUUAUGAGGAAAUUUUAUCUUUCCAAAACCGAAA